UGUUGUGCUUCUUGUACAAUUCACUGCACUUCUGGAGCGCGGCAAAAACGUGACCUUUCGAAAACUGAUUCACUUCCUUCCUUGAGCAAAAAUGUUGCUGAAGAUCCGGUCUGCAACAAUUUGAAAUUGAAGCAGUUAAUGGAAGAAAAUAUGACUCAAGAUGCUUCAACAUCUCGACGGAAGAUUAAAAAUGUAAUCGAAAAUGAACUAAAAAGCAAAUUUUCUGUAAUGUGCGCUACUGGAGAAUUUUCUUAUUCUGCAUAUACAGAAAGUUUCUGUCAAGUUCGUAAAAAGAAUCUUACUUGUUACGCUUUUAAAGUAACUUUUAGUAAUUAA